AUGUCGAAUUUAAUGUACGAAGUUGGUCGCAUAGGUGGUGCUGCUGCAGAUUAUCAUGCUAGGGACAGAUCUGGUUUCAAUGGUGAUCAAAUAAACAAUUAUUAUGGUGUGAGCCCGAGGCUAGUAGGUGCAGAGAAUCCGAGCGGUCGGCUGGCUGGCAGUGGCCAGGCGCUGCGCGUGGUGCCGCGGGUGCGGCAGCACGUGUGUUUGCUGGUCACAUGGCCCCACGCUGCUCUGGCAGGGGCCAUAGAACACUUCACCUGCAUUAUAAAAGUGCUGUUCACUUUAUUGUAUACUCAAGCCUUGGCAGCACUGUCUGUUAAAUGCAGUGCUGAAGACAGGAUGGCAUGGAAAGAGUCAGGAGCUCUCAAAAAGAAUACAUCCAGUGGAGAAAAAUCUUGGGAAGUAUUGCUGGGCCACGUGAUUAGUGAGCUGUCUAAGGGGAAGAUAUAUGAAGAAGGAGAGACGGAAGAAUUAACAGUGGUGAAUCCUGAUUCUGUAGAGCGCUAUCUGCAGCAGUUCUGCCUGCCUUUCCUCAGGAUCACAAGCCUUCUGCAACACCAUCUUUUUGGAGGGGAUUUACCUAGUUGCCAGGAGGAUGAAGAAUUCACAGUUCUUGCAAGCUGCCUGGGUCUGUUACCAUCUUUUCAGCCGGCUCAUCAGUUCACCAGUGCCUCUUGUCUCGAUUGGCCAGUGCCAGCGUUUGACAUGAUAUCCCAGUGGUGCUCAGAAUUGGCUUCAUUUGCAGAUAGUCAUCCAGAUCAAGUAAAGGCUUUGCUUAUCCAGGAACCUAAGUGGGACUUGCCACGCCUCCUUCAGUUGCCUGAGAAUUAUAAUACCAUUUUUCAGUAUUACCACAGAAAGACUUGUACUGUUUGUACCAAGGUUCCUAAAGAUCCUGCUGUUUGUCUAGUUUGUGGUACUUUUGUGUGCUUGAAAGGACUAUGCUGCAAACAACAGAGUUACUGUGAAUGUGUACUGCAUUCUCAAAACUGUGGAGCUGGGACAGGAAUAUUUCUUUUGAUUAAUGCGUCUGUAAUCAUCAUCAUACGAGGCCAUCGUUUCUGCCUUUGGGGUUCUGUUUAUCUGGAUGCACAUGGUGAAGAAGACAGAGAUCUUAGGCGUGGUAAACCUCUCUACAUAUGCAAGGAAAGAUACAAAGUGCUGGAGCAGCAGUGGGUGUCUCAUACUUUUGAUCAUAUCAAUAAAAGAUGGGGGCCACAUUAUAAUGGCUUGUAAAUCAUCAGCAUCAUCUACGCACCGAAUCAUUGCUGUUCCCAUGAAUGAAUGCAUCUGGACUGACAAUAGCUUUAAUUGAAUGGGAGUUUAGCUCUUUGGCUCAGGGUGGAGUGGGGGCAUAAAAGGGAAACGAAACUUUGUCAACAUGCGAAAUUUUUGCAAAAUUACCUGAUGUUGCUACUAAAUGACGAUACAAUAAUUUGAAAUUAAAUCCUCAAAACAGUGUGAGCAAUCUGAUUGCACUCAGUAGUCCAUUUUUCAACUGUUCUUUAAAGCCCAUUAUUGUUAAGAAGCACAAAUUUUACUUGUGAUUGUUUAGAGGCUCCAGGGAUAGUAGUCAGGUUUUUAUUUUUCUCUGCAUGGAGUUAAAUUUUUAGCAAUUUUUGCUGAAACAGUGUAUAUGUCUACUACAUCUACUAAAUAUGUUGGAU